UGGAGACCUCUGAUCCGUUUGGGCGCAUCAUCUACCUCUUUGAUUACAACAACAUCUCUGUGAUGACCGAGCUGAGGUCAGAGAUCCUCAGAAUCAAUGCAUCAGCUUUUCAUAUUUGCUCUCACUCACUGGAAAAUCUAGAGAAAGCCCUGUCAAACUACAGACUGAAUUUCAAGAACAAUGAGAGCAAGGAUCUGGAUUUUGUUACAGGAUUCCACAUAGUAGACAAGAGGACACACAUCUUUGUUCUUGAAGGGCUGAAACAAAAAGCGGUGAAGAGAAUUUGGGAGGCUGUUCCUAUGAAGCUAAGUGGGAAUGAGGAGGAGCAGGUGAUAGUCCUCUACAAUUCAAACCUGGGUUUCUACAAGCGCAUCUAUGACUCAUUAGAUGUAGGCCUGAGUCCUAUCCAUUUAUAUGAGUCACUAGAGACCAUCAUCAGACAGCCUCUGGUCUACAUUAGAGGCACGAUCCCUCAACCCUGCUUCCAAGCUUUGUCAAGGUUAAGCCAGCUUUGUCAAGCAAGGCAACUCAAAGAUGUGGUGCAGUGCAACCUCUUCCCCUCAGCUGACAUGAUUCUCAGCAUGAGCAAGGAAUAUGGCACAUAUGCUGAGCAGCGGCAACUGAAAGCCAGUAGAAAAACUGAGGCGGACAUGCUCACUAUGCCUGUCUGGGUGAAAAGACAUGCAACACUCGACUCUUACAACAGAGAGUACAUGAAAUGGAAACGCCAGCAGAUGAUGCUCAAACAAUCCAAGAACUUCAUUCAGGAGAAUAUUAAAAAAGUGCAAGAGCAAAGUGAGCCUAUGAGGAAGCCAGAGGCUGCUGUGUUAGGGAUGGAACCGUCUACAGUCAGGCCAGCACACAACAGCAGCAUCCAGACCUUCAACUCAAAUGAGCAAGCCAAGGAGAUGAUCCGCAAAGAGAUGGCCCAGGUGCCAGGGCGGAGGUUUACCUACGGUCAGCGGUAUCACAGUGCUACAGUGAUGCCAGGAGACGUGACUUCUAAAAAUGACCCCAGCUUCACGGCAGCCUCCACAGUAUGGUUCACAAGUAUGAGAGGUGACAAAUCCAAAGUGCACCCCAGACACCCAGAUGAGGCUCGCGUGGAAGAGCUGAGGAAGCCAUGGAAAGAGAACACCCUACAUGCCAACGUAUUGAAGCCCACACUUUCACGGGACAUAUGGGCCUGGAGCCAGCGCUCUGAGGACUUUCAGCUCUACAGCAAGCCUCCCCCUUUCUUCAGCCCACCUCCUGUCACCAUUCACCUGCCUGGAGAUCCUCUGCAGCAGGAGCAGCUCGAGGCUGCCAGAGCUCAGUACAGUCGCUGGCUGAAGAAGUUGCUUCCUGGCGGCAGCACCAACCCAUCACGCAACGGCCUCUUCUCAGAGUUCAAGUGUCACAUGGGAGGAAACUCAUUGAGAAUUCAGGAAAUACUGAAAGAUGAGCCUAAGAAAUAUUCCCUGAGGAAAGCAGGCAUGAUGUUGAAGCCUUUGCCUCAACUGUCUGUGAUGAACUUGGCCAACGACAAAGCUGAGGAAAUGAAAAGAGUGGCUCUGGCUCCAGGCCCCUGUGUGGACGUCAGUCUCUGCAGGAAAAACAGCACCACCGGCAGACACCCUCCGGAUAACAAGUACCACUACAU